UCAUGUUUCAGUGCCAGUAGGGCAGUAAGAUGUAGCAGUGUAGUUGAUAGCGCCUCUAGUGCUCCAGCGCAGCAAACCGCGUUCUGUAUGACUGACGCGGUCAAUGGUCACAGAAAAUACCCGGAAAGUGAUUCUGGAGGACAGUAGGAUUGUUUGGACUUUGGCUCUGGAUCUGUGGAUGUUUUCGGACCGAUAAACCCGAGACUCCUGCGCCGUACCCGCAGCAUUGGUCUAGGUAAGCCUGAUGGAGGUGGGGACUCCACGCCUGCUGUACACCAGGGAACUUGGUCCAUGCCUGGUUCACAGCAAACAACCAUAAGGGGUGGGAACCUUAACUACCCUUAAGUUCCUUUUUCCCCAUCCCUACCCCUUAUUUGCCCCUGUGGUGAUAUUGUCCUCCCCUGUGUGCGGCCUACAACAUGAUUGGCAAGCUUAAACAAAACUUGCUGGUAGCUUGCUUAGUUAUCAGCUCAGUCACUGUCUUCUACCUGGGCCGCCAUGCCAUGGAGUGCCACCAUCGCAUUGAGGAACGCAACUCGCCAGCUGGAGUCCUGCCUCUGUCAGCACUGGGAGGCAGCAUGCGGACCACCUUACGAACAGGCCAGAAUCUCAGCACACCUUUUCUUUACAGCAAAGACAUGCCACUCAUCUUCAUUGGUGGUGUGCCACGCAGUGGAACCACAUUAAUGCGAGCAAUGCUGGAUGCUCACCCCGAGGUACGCUGUGGUGAAGAAACCCGUGUCAUCCCACGUAUCCUAGCCAUGAAACAAAUGUGGAGCCGCUCAGGUCGGGAGAAAAUGCGCCUUGAUGAGGCUGGUGUAACAGAUGAGGUGUUGGAUGCCGCUAUGCAGGCCUUCCUGCUGGAAAUCAUUGUCAAACAUGGUGAGCCUGCCAACUUCCUGUGUAACAAGGACCCUUUUGCUCUGAAAUCACUUUUGUACUUGGCAAAGAUCUUUCCCCAUGCCAAGUUUAUACUCAUGAUUCGUGAUGGGCGUGCUUCAGUCCACUCCAUGAUCUCACGGAAAGUAACCAUUGCUGGCUUUGACCUUGGUAGCUACCGGGACUGCCUGACCAAGUGGAAUCGGGCUAUAGAAACCAUGUACACUCAGUGCCUGGAUGCAGCUGAUAAGUGCCUACCUGUGCACUAUGAACAGUUGGUCCUUCAUCCUGAGAAAUGGAUGAGGACGCUGUUGAAAUUCCUUGAUAUUCCUUGGAAUGAUGCUGUCCUCCACCAUGAGGAGCUCAUUGGAAAAGCAGGAGGAGUGUCCCUCUCCAAGGUGGAGAGGUCCACAGACCAGGUCAUCAAACCCAUUAAUGUGGAGGCCUUGUCCAAGUGGGUGGGAAAGAUCCCAGCAGAUGUGGUGAGGGACAUGGCCGUCAUCGCACCCAUGCUAUCCAGGCUGGGCUACGACCCCCACGCCAACCCUCCCAACUAUGGCCGACCUGACCCCAAAGUCCUGGACAACACCAGGAGGGUCUUUAAGGGUGAAUUUCAGCUACCAGAUUUCCUAAAAGAACAGCCACAGAUCCAGAAGUCUGUAGAGAGACCCAAGCCCAGUUAGGAGCAGCAGAGGUGCCAUCACUACAGCGCGCAGUCUAGGACUUGGUGCAGUGGAACCAAGAAUCAUGGACAUCUUAGCCAUCUCACCGCACUUCAAAGGUGCAACAGCUGGCAACAGCUGGACAGUCUCCUCACCAGAGUGUGGCCUGCUACCACCCCUCGACUGUGGACUCUUGGCCUUCAAUGUUGUAUUGUACAAAGUAUAAUACUGGUUCUCACAACCAGAGAAUGUCUGCUGAUUGUUAUUUUGGUGUUACAUCAUGCUCAUUGAUUUUUAGAAAUUAUUUCUGGCUAUUUAGAAAACAAACUCUAUGAUUCUGUUGUAAGAAACUGCAGUGAACUAAAAUCACAAAUAUUUAUGGAAAAUUAGCUUUUGGAAGAUGCAAUACCUAUUUUAAUGUUUUUUCAUGCCUUUGUAUUGUGCAAUGUCAUGGGUACUGAUCAGUUUGAAGUAUCAACCGUGAUAAACAGUGCUUUUGUUAAAAAACAAAACAAAAACUUUUCUCUCUUUUUGAAAUGUGGCAACAUUUAGCCAAAUGUAACCAAGGAUAUAAAGGAUGGAAAUGGAGUAAAACAACUGAACAUUGAAACUGAGGAAAAAGUAUUAAGGUGAAAAUUUUUCACUAAGCACAAGGGUCUGAUAAUUAAAGUGCAAGUCCAGAACACUUCAUAAUCUUUGACAGCAAGAGUUUGCGUUUGUGAAUGGCACUCUUCUUUGCUUGAACAAGGAUGGACUGCCGACUUGGCAAAGGAGACACCUGCCCCAGUGUCUCGUAUUGCGAGACCUCGCUCGUAUAUCGAAUCAAAAUUUUUUGCUCGUCUUGCAAAACACUCGCAAACCGGGUUACUCGCAAUCCAAGGGUCCACUGUACUGUACUGUAUUUGUACAAGUGCUGAAUCGACAGACAUUCAAUACUGUAUUGCUUGCAGUACAUACAGUAUACAGUACCUAAACAGUAUCUGAGGAUGCUUUUUCCUCUUGUGCUAUAGACAGAUUAGACACUUGAUCCAUAAGAGAAGGUGACCUGACAGGAGAGCAGUCUGAUCCAAACAGAUUGGGUGUGUAUGGGGGCAGUAUGAAUUCUUAAAUUUUGUUGGUUUAAUUUACCAUUACACUUUGAGCAAUCUGAUUAUGAACAGAUGAGUAUCUGAGGAUGCUUUUUCCUCUUGUGCUAUAGGCAGAUUAGACACUUGAUCCAUAAGAGAAGGUGACCUGACAGGAGAGCAGUCUGAUCCAAACAGAUUGGGUGUGUAUGGGGGCAGUAUGAAUUCUUGUUGGUUUAAUUUACCAUUACACUUUGAGCAAUCUGAUUAUGAACAGAUGAUUUUGUGGAUCUGGUCCUUACUAAUUGAAUUUGAGCAAUUUGAAUGAAAAAUUUGGUUUUUCAAAUUGCACCACUUGAAAUGACCUGGCCAUUCUUGAGGGAAAAUCAAACCACAUAAAUUCAGAGAGGCUAAAGCUAAAUAUUUCAGUACUGUGUAUCCAGUGGUAUUUACAUAUGAAUGAAAGUAUUACAGCUAAAAGUCUGGGUUUGUGCAGGAAUUGCAUAAUUGGUGUUCUGUUCAGUUGAGGACACUUGUUUGACCUUUUACCACAUUAUGGAGUUGAUACAAGAAACACAAACAGUUGCCUAUUUAAAUAUUAGGUAGACAUUAUCAUUAAUUUGGAGUUGAAUAUAAGUCUAAUAUUCCCUCAGCUCUGUUUGGUCUCUGCCAGCCUUUAGCUGCUCCAUUCUACACUAUAAUCACCAGUGAGUCUUUAAAUGCCUGCUGUUUGCUGCUGAGCAGAUAAGGUACAGUGGCUUUUAGGAUUUUUUGUUAAAAAGAUUUGCACCUGAAAUCAAAUUGAUGAGAGUGGUUGGAAUAAAUUAAAAUACACCUGUGGGCUGCAAAACAGAGAACUGAAAGAUGCUAAAAGCCUGGUAGAGCUGAAUAAACCAGCAGUUAGGUAAUUUACUACAAACAACUCCUUUCACAUACUAACUCCAUCCAUCACCAUCUGUUCAUGUCCUUUAGAAGAAUGAAUAGAGAAGCAAUACAUAAGAGUAAAAGUCAUGAUACGCCUUUGUCUUUGUAGCAGCGACAGCUCAAAGGAAAGAGAGCAGGACAAUAAUGAACAACCUCUUGUUUAUUAAUAAUACAUUACAUUCAAGACAAUUGAUACAUCUAUAUUCAGCAAUGCCACCAUUGGCUGUCUAAAUAGAAAUUUUAAAUCUUAAAGUCAGUGCACAACAUUGAGAAAGACCACUUAACAGUCAACGUGUAACAGUUUGCACACAUUCUGCAUUUCUGCACAGUUUACAGUGCUGUAAACUAGUGCUGCUAAAACCAACCUAAAAAAUAGAUCUCAAAAUAAGUUAUAUAUAUAUAUAUAUAUGUUCUGACAGUCUUUGUAGAAAUAUUGGGCUUCUGGUUCAUAAUUACCGCAAUAUAGACUUUGAUGGGUUUUUUCAAAUGACAUAAAAUGCACAGUAGUUAAAGAAUCCACCAUUUUCAAAAAUAUACACACAUAGUAAACAGUCUUCGAGAUGCAGUAUGAAAUUGCAAAUGUCAUGCCACAGAGGGGCCUGUUUCAAGGCUUUGGUACACAAUGUCCUGAUUGGAAGAAAAAGCUCUGCUAUGGACCCUUGCUUCCCCUGCCAACUCUUCUCUGUCACUGUGGUGGAGGGGGAGAGCAACGUAUAUCCACACCACCUCCUGUCCAGGGAUCAAACUACCGAAUCAGAGAGCCAAAUGACUACAGUACACGUCAGGAUAGGGGAAGACUCUUGGCAUGUGAAUCACAGGUGUAGGUCUGUGCAGGAUUACCAUUCAUAUGCAGCCAUGUUAAACAUUUCAAGGAGGAUGGUGGAGAUAAAGAGUCACAGUGACAGGGGGUUGAAUGUAUCAAAAUGUCUGUGAUUCCCUUCUCAUACAAACAUGAAUGUGCUGUUACUGUGAAGCCAACCCAAUACUGAUCCACUGAACAC